GGAGGAGCGGCGCCCGAGCCAGCGCCGGCGUGCGCCCCGGCCCCGUGCCACGGCGUCUCCUUCCACAUCCAGAUCGGGCUGAGCCGCGAGUUCGUCCUCCUGCCCGCGCCCUCCGAUCUCGCCCACGUCAAGCAACUGGCGUGCUCCAUCGUGGAUCAGAAGUUUCCCGAGUGCGGCUUCUACGGCCUCUAUGACAAGAUCCUGCUUUUCAAGCAUGACCCUUCCUCGGCCAACAUCCUGCAGCUGGUCCGCACGGCCUGCGACAUCCAGGAGGGGGACCUGGUGGAGGUGGUCCUCUCAGCCUCAGCCACGUUCGAGGACUUCCGGAUCCGCCCCCAUGCGCUCAAUGUGCACUCCUACCGUGCGCCGGCGUUCUGCGACCACUGCGGAGAGAUGCUCUUCGGCCUGGUCCGCCAGGGCCUCAAGUGUGACGGCUGCGGCCUGAACUACCACAAGCGCUGCGCCUUCAGCAUCCCCAACAACUGCAGCGGCGCCCGCAAGCGGCGGCUCUCGUCCACCUCGCUGGCCAGCGCCCAGUCGCUGCGCCUCUCCGCCUCCAGCUCCCCGUCCUGCACGUCCGACGACCUGAGCCUCAUCUCUGCAGAGACCUUCCCCCGCCGGCUGGCGUCCUCCACCUACAUCGGGCGCCCCAUAGAGCUGGACAAGCUCUUCCUCUCGAAGGUCAAGGUGCCCCACACCUUCCUCAUCCACUCCUACACCCGCCCCACGGUCUGCCAGUACUGCAAGAAGCUCCUCAAGGGGCUCUUCCGGCAGGGACUCCAGUGCAAAGACUGCAAAUUCAACUGCCACAAGCGCUGUGCCAGGCGGGUGCCCAACGACUGCCUUGGCGAGACGCUCUUCAACGGCGGAGAUGUGCCGAUGGAAGAACCCAGUGAUCUCAGUGAAGCUGAGAAGAACUCGCUCAUGGACGAGUCGGAUGAUUCUGGCAUCAUCCCCGGGUCCCAUUCAGAGAACGAGCCGCAGAUGGGCGAGGACGCCGACGACAUCAGCAAAUCCCAGGGCUCCGUGGGGUACAUCCCGCUGAUGCGAGUGGUGCAGUCCGUCCGGCAGACAACCCGCAAGUCCAGCACGGCCCUGAAGGAAGGCUGGGUGGUGCACUUCAGCAGCACCGACACCCUGCGGAAGCGCCACUACUGGCGGCUGGACAGCAAGUGCCUCACCCUCUUCCAGAACGACACCAGCAGCCGCUACUACAAGGAGAUCCCCUUGUCCGAGAUCCUGGCAGUGGAAACCGCCAAAGACGUCUCCCUGUUGCCGCCGGGCGCCAAUCCGCACUGCUUCGAAAUCAUCACGGCCAAGGCCACCUACUACGUCGGAGAGAACGGCGUGCCCGGCAACCACCCGCACGGCGGGGACAGCCUGGAGCACGCCCGGGCGUGGGAGACGGCCAUCCGCCAGGCCCUGAUGCCCGUCGUCCUGCAAGGGGCGGCUGGCGCCCCGGGCCAGGCGCCCCACCGACAGGCGUCUCUGCGCAUCUCGGUGUCCAACAGCCAAAUCCAGGAGAACGUGGAUAUUUCCACCGUCUACCAGAUCUUCCCGGAUGAGGUUCUGGGCUCUGGGCAGUUUGGGGUCGUCUAUGGAGGGAAGCACCGGAAGACCGGGCGGGACGUGGCAGUGAAGGUGAUCGACAAGCUCCGCUUCCCCACCCAGCAGGAGAGCCAGCUGCGCAACGAAGUCGCCAUCUUGCAGAGUCUGCGGCACGCCGGGAUCGUGCACCUGGAGUGCAUGUUUGAGACGCCGGAAAAAGUCUUUGUGGUGAUGGAGAAGCUUCAUGGCGACAUGCUGGAAAUGAUCCUCUCGUCGGAGAAGGGGCGGCUGCCCGAGAGGCUCACCAAGUUUCUCAUCACGCAGAUCCUGGUGGCUCUGCGGCAUCUGCACUUCAAGAGCAUCGUGCACUGCGACCUGAAGCCGGAGAACGUCCUGCUGGCGUCCGCCGAGCCGUUCCCCCAGGUGAAGCUGUGUGACUUUGGCUUUGCCCGCAUCAUCGGCGAGAAGUCGUUCCGACGCUCCGUGGUGGGCACCCCGGCCUACCUGGCCCCCGAGGUGCUGCUCAACCAGGGCUACAACCGCUCCCUGGACAUGUGGUCCGUGGGGGUCAUCAUGUACGUCAGCCUGAGCGGCACCUUCCCCUUUAACGAGGACGAAGACAUCAAUGACCAGAUCCAGAACGCCGCCUUCAUGUACCCAGCCAAUCCGUGGCGCCAGAUUUCGGUCGAAGCCAUCGAUCUGAUCAACAACUUGCUCCAGGUGAAGAUGCGGAAGCGCUUCAGCGUCGAUAAGUCGCUCAGCCACUCGUGGCUACAGGACCACCAGACGUGGCUGGACCUGCGGGAGCUGGAGGGCCGGAUGGGCGAGCGCUACAUCACGCACGAGAGCGACGACGCGCGCUGGGAGCACUUCGCGGCCGAGCACGGCCUGCCCUACCCGGCCCACCUGCGGGUGCGCCGCCUGGAGGAGGAAGAGGAGGAGGAGCGGCGGCGGGAGGUCGAGAUGACGGGCUUGGCUGAGAGGGUCAGCGUGCUCUGAGCGUGCGCGCCAGCGAGCGGACUCCGUCUCCGGACUUGCCCCAGUUCUCUCCGCCGGACUGGGAUCUGCUGGGGCGGCGUCAGAUCGGUCUCCCAGUGAAGCGGACGGGGAGCUCUCCCCCGCGCCCGCCCCCCCGCUUGCAGUGGGGAGCUGCUCUGUGUAGCCGCGCAUUGGGGGCAGGAUCGUGACUGGCGCCAGCGCUCA